AUGAAAUCCAGACUUAUCAAUGCUAUGGCGAAUAUCUACCGCCAGGCGAAGCAGGUGGUCAUCGUUGAUGCUUUAGCUCUGCGACUGUGGUCAAACGAUCCCGCCAAUCCCGGCGUAGUCCUUGGCUUCGGCAAUAUCGUUGUCGGGUGUACAAAAAGGGAGGCCGGCGACAUUAGUAACAACGCCCGUGCUCUCUUUCCGGUGAUCGGACUCGAAUGGGAGCACGGCUUAUCGAUCGAUGACGGGAUGAGAAAGAUUUACGAGGCCCGAAGACACGAGGCGGUGAAAAUGGUUCUAUAA